GAAUGCAUACAAGGAGAAUAGGCUUCACUAGGAGCCACCUUUUGUUCGUCACCAAGAAGUUGAAGGCUGAUGGAGGCCCACGCAAUGAGAGAGAGAUGAAGAAAAAGAUCAAGGAGGUCAAGCUCGAAAUCGAUAAGAUGAAGGAAAAGAUGGAUGAGAUGGGGGAGAUGAAGAACGAGAAUAUUGAAGAGCUUGGGUAUAGCAGGGCGCAGAGAAUUCGGGAAUCAAACCAUGGUGACUCCCUCAGGGUUGAGGAAUCAGACGUCAUUGGCUUCAAAGAGCAUAAAAGAAAGCUAGUCACCAAACUAACUUACACCUCCUAUCAACGCCUGGACGUCAUCUCAAUUGUAGGCACAGUUGGCUCUGGCAAGACUACCCUUGCAACGGAAAUAUACAACAGUAGUGAGAUCAAAGGUUAUUUUGACUCCCGCGCGUGGGUUUCUGCCUCUGAGAACCUUACAGAUGUCUUGCAGAGCAUUCUGGAGCAGACUGACAAUUCAACGGUUGAUAAGGAAUCUAACCCAGAAGAAUUGGUAAAGAAGCUCCGUGAGAAUUUGCAGAAUAAACGGUACCUGGUGGCGUUAGACGAUGUGCGGAGACUCGAUGUUUUGAAGGACCUGCGUGACGCCUUGCCAAAAGAAACUAAUUGUAGCAGGGUGCUGUUGACUACUAGCAACGAAGAAGUUGCUAGGAUUGCAGAUUCACCGCCAUAUCAGCUCAAGCCGCUUAAAGGUGAAGACGCAUGGAAUUUGUUCCUGAAAAAGGUACGCUUACCAGAUAAUGUUCAGUUCUCUGAUUCGGAAAAAUUCAAGCUCAAAAGAAAAAUUUUAAGAAGAUGCAAGGGCUUACCUCUGGCAAUUGCGGUGCUUGGAGGUUUUCUGUCGACCAAAAGUGCGAGCUAUGAAGAAUGGUUGAAAGUUCUUGAGCACCCAAGUUGGCAUCUUGAGGGAAAUAAAGUCCAGUUCUCACAAGUCUUGGCCUUAAGUUACAACGAUCUACCCUUUCACUUGAGGCCUUGCCUGCUUUAUUUUGGGCUUUUUCCAAAAGGAUACGAAAUUCCAGUGAGAAGAUUACAGCGUCUAUGGCUUGCAGAAGGGUUUGUAAAGCAGUCACCUGCAAUGACUCCAGAGGAUAUGGUGGAAAGAUAUAUGGAAGAACUUUUAAACCGACAGAUGAUUCAAAUAACGAAACGGAGAAAAGAUGGGAGAGCCAAAAGAUGCUGUAUGCGUGGCGAGCUUCAUGAUAUCAUCUUGUCAAAAGUAAAAGAUAUCGGCCUUUUCCACAUCCACGAAAACACGUCGGAUCGUGAAACAGAUGCAUCUUCUCCUAAGCUCGCUGUUCGCCGGUUUGCUGAGCAUGUUGACAUCAAAGAGUAUCCCUGUAAAGAAUCAUUAAACAUUCAACAUCUGCGCUCUUACUUGUCCUUCAACAUUCAAAAAAGAGAUACGCCUGCAAAGGGAGUUGGCAGCUUUCUCCAUCAAGUCAUUCGUCAUAGGGGCUUUGGAUUGCUGAGGGUGCUUGAUCUAGAGGGUGUGUACAAACCCAAAUUGCCCGAGAAUCUUGGGAAACUAUAUCACUUAAGGUACUUGGGUCUAAGAUGGACCUUCUUGGAUACUCUUCCCCACUCUGUCGGUAAGCUGCCCUACCUCGAGACCUUGGAUGUGAAGCACACCUAUAUGAGCUCUCUACCCAAAUCUAUUUGGAAGAUGAAACACCUCCGGCAUCUGUACCUGAAUGAAAUACGCCUUGAUAUGUCUGUGCAAAAGCAUCACCAUUCUCUUACUCAACUCCAAACGUUAUGGGGAUUAUUUGUGGACAAGACAAGUCCAGUGAAGAGUGGUUUGAAUGGGAUAAUCAAUCUUAGAAAAUUGGGUCUCACAUAUCAUUUGGACUCUGCUCAAGAACUAAAUGAGUGGAUUGCAAGACUGGCAAGUCUUCAAUCUCUGAGAUUAAGAUCCAAGGAUAGAAAUGGUCAACCUUCAAAGCUCGAAUUAAAGUUUCUAUCAAGCCUUGAGAAUCUCACCGACCUGUAUUUGCUUGGAAACUUACAGAAGCUGCCUGAGAGGUAUGAAUUCCCUCCGAGACUAACAGUUCUUACUUUGUCGGUCUCAAAGCUGGAAAAAGAUCCCAUGCCAAUCCUAGCGCAGCUACCAAGUCUUUCUGUCCUGAGGCUAUUGGCCAAUUCCUCCAUUGACAAGGAAAUGCAGUGCCCUAGUGAAGGCUUCAUUGCACUUCGCAUACUGAAGCUCUGGAUGCUAGAGAAAUUGGAAAAAUGGACGGUGGAGGAAGGAACAAUGCAGAACCUCCGAGAUUUAGAAAUCCGAUCUUGUCACAAGCUAAAGGAGCUUCCAGACGAGUUGCUAAAUCUAAGCAACAUUCAAGAAAUAAUUUUAACGGACAUGCCGGAGAGAUUUGCAGACAAUGUUCAAAAUCAAGCCGACGAACGCAAGAAAAAAAUAAUCACCACCAGAAAGUCUCCGGUGUGAAGCAGUUUUUCAGGCACUGGCAGCACUGCAGAUUUGGCCUCCCAUCUACUUGUUUUUAGGAGAUAGUGUGGCUUGUACUAAAAGCUUGGAAGACAACUUGAGUCAAGGAGCUGCCACCCGAUGAAACACCCUUUGCCAAUUGUUGUUUUAUGUCGUUGCUAUUGAUGUUUGCUGUGUUUAUGUUCGUACACUUGUUCUUGUCGCUGCUGCUGUGUCUUCGUGGUUGUUAAGAGAGCGCUGCUCUAUAUCAUGUUAGAAACAUUCGGUGAUCGUUCGAUUUG